AUGUUGACCAGCCAGCAAAAUAGCUGGCAAAAACAUCGCCAUCAUCGCACAGCCAAAUAUACCCUGUGCUUGGUAUUGUUGUUGCAGUUUGUCACAGUCAGUCAUCAAUUUUAUUUGCCGGGUCUAGCACCCGUAAACUAUUGCAUGAAGUCUGAUGCAUCCAGUAAUUGCAAGUCUAAUGUUACCCUCUAUGUUAAUCGCUUGAACACCGAAGAAUCUGUUAUCCCCUAUGAAUAUCAUCAUUUUGAUUUUUGUAUUGGCAAUGAAAACAAUUCGCCAGUCGAGAAUUUGGGCCAAGUUGUAUUUGGUGAACGUAUACGUCCCGGCCCAUAUAAAAUCAAUUUCCUUGAAGACAUCAAAUGUAAGGCGGUCUGUACAAAAACCUAUGUUGGUGGUGAUUCGGAUAGCGAUCGACGUAUGAUGGUCCUUAAGAAGGGCAUAAGCUUGAAUUAUCAACAUCAUUGGAUUGUUGAUAAUAUGCCAGUGACAUGGUGUUAUCCAUUGGAGAAUAAUAAACAAUAUUGCAGUACCGGUUUCCCAAUGGGUUGUUUGGUGCGCGGUGAAAGUGAUGCUGGCUGUUUGAUAAAUCCCAACUACAAUAGACGUGGCUAUUAUUAUCCCUUCAAUCAUGUCGAUUUGAAGAUAACCUAUCACAGUGGCCAAACCGAAGAAUGGGGUGUUGGUUUCCGUGCUAAUGGUGGUCGUAUUAUUUCCGUUAAAGUAACACCACGUUCCAUUAAUCAUGUUGAUCUGAAGAAUUUGAAUUGUGACAAUACAGAUCCAUUGGCCAUUAAGGGUAGUCCAUUGGCUGCUGGUGAAAAAUUGUCCAUAAUCUAUACUUACAGUGUUGAGUUUACCCGCAACGAUAAUGUCAAAUGGUCAUCAAGAUGGGAUUAUAUUUUGGAAUCAAUGCCUCACACAAAUAUUCAAUGGUUUUCGAUUUUGAAUUCGUUGGUUAUUGUGUUAUUCUUAUCGGGUAUGGUGGCCAUGAUUAUGUUGCGCACCUUGCACAAAGAUAUUGCCCGUUACAAUCAAAUGGAAAGUGGUGAAGAUGCUCAGGAAGAAUUUGGUUGGAAAUUGGUACAUGGUGAUGUAUUUCGUCCACCGAGAAAGGGUAUGCUGUUGUCGGUGUUUUUGGGUUCGGGUAUUCAGGUUUUCUGUAUGACAUUGAUUACAUUGGCAUUUGCCUGUUUGGGUUUCUUGUCGCCCGCCAAUCGUGGUGCAUUGAUGACUUGUUCGAUGGUAUUGUUUGUGGCAUUGGGCACCCCGGCUGGUUAUGUUUCGGCACGUAUAUAUAAGAGUUUCGGUGGCAUCAAGUGGAAGAGUAAUGUCAUAUUGACAUCAAUGUUGUGUCCAGGCAUUGUUUUUGGCCUUUUCUUUGUAAUGAAUCUCGUUUUGUGGGGAGAAGGCUCUUCAGGAGCUGUACCAUUUAGUACAUUGAUUGCCUUGUUGGCCUUGUGGUUUGGUGUCUCCGUGCCCCUCACAUUUGUGGGUGCCUACUUUGGAUUCCGUAAGAGGUCUCUGGAACAUCCCGUACGCACAAAUCAAAUACCUCGUCAAAUACCCGAUCAAUCGAUUUAUACUCAACCGAUUCCCGGCAUCAUUAUGGGCGGUGUCUUACCCUUUGGCUGUAUUUUCAUUCAACUCUUCUUCAUACUCUCUUCGAUUUGGUCUAACCAAAUGUACUAUAUGUUCGGUUUCCUAUUUUUGGUCUUUGUCAUUUUGGUCAUCACCUGUUCGGAGACCACAAUUCUAUUGUGCUAUUUCCAUUUGUGUGCAGAAGAUUAUCACUGGUGGUGGCGUUCCUUCUUAACGUCUGGCUUCACGGCAGUGUAUCUCUUCAUUUAUUGCUGUCAUUAUUUCGUGACAAAGCUGUCGAUUAAGGACGCCCCCUCAACAUUCUUAUACUUUGGCUAUACGGCAAUUAUGGUAUUCCUAUUUUUCCUGCUGACCGGUUCAAUUGGGUUCUUUGCCUGUUUCUGGUUCAUACGCAAAAUUUACAGUGUUGUAAAAGUCGAUUAAAACCGGAUACGUAGACAUUUAAAAUGGCUU